AUGUUUGGAAUCACAGCCCUUCUGCUGUUUCUUCUAGCAACAACAUGCGCAACAGCAGCGCCCAACUGCCCACCUCUCGGCCCGGUCUUCGAAAAGCCGCGAAACUUCAAGUCCAGCGUCGCCAUCCGCGCCGCCCUCGCGAACCUGACCGAGACUUUCCAAGCCCGCGACGAAGACAACUCGGCCGCCGUCCGCGCCAACAUUACGAGCUACAGCCUCGAGGUGUUCAGCAUCAGCGAUACCGACCCCGUCAUCUUCAGCUGGCAUCACACCGCGCCGGCGCACGCUUCCAGCAAUAUCACUAAUGGCGGGGUGAAGAAGACGGACGCGGACACGGUCUAUCGCCUGGGUAGCUUGACCAAGAUCUUUACGGUUUAUACGUGGCUGGUGCAAGACGGGGAUGUCAAGUGGAAUGAGCCGAUUACCAAGUACGUGCCGGAGCUGGCGAAGGCGGCGGAUAAGGCGAAGGAUGAUCCGGUGGGGAAUGUGGCGUGGGGGGAGGUGACGGUGGGGAGUUUGGCUGGACAGCUUUCGGGGGCUGUGAGGGAUUAUCAGAAUACCGCGGUCCAGCUUGGGUUUCCGGUUCUAAAUAGCUCGGAUCCCACUCUGCCCAAGUGCGGCGUUUGGCCCCAUUGUAACAGGACUGGUAAUGAAGUCCUUGCCUAUACCAACACAGGCUUUCAAAUCCUCGCCUACGCGCUCGAGUCCAUCAAGGGCAAGUCCUUCCAGACGCUCAUGGAAGAAUCCAUCCUUCACCCGCUCAACCUCUCCAGGACCUUCUACCAGAAGGCCGUUUCCAACCUCGGCAUCAUCCCCGGCCCUGGCACCUCCUCUGACGCCCAAUGGGACUACCAACUGGGCGACGAGAACCCGGCCGGCAACAUGUACUCCUCCGUCCGGGAUAUCUCAGCCCUCGGACGCUCCAUUAUGCGAUCCACGCUUCUAGCUCCCGUGCUCACCAACCGCUGGCUCAAACCCGCCGCUUUAACCUCCGAACCCAACGCCGGCGUCGGCUAUCCCUGGGGCAUCCGGCGCAUCGUCUUGUCGAGUAUAACCAACGGCAAGCGCGUCGUGGACGCGUACAACAAGGCCGGCCGCAUCGGGUACUACAACUCGCUUUUGAACCUGCUCCCCGACUACGGCGUCGGCUUUUCCGUUUUGCUGGCUAGCCCGAACCUGCCCGCCAACGCAAACUUCAACCUCGCGGAUGUUCUGGGGGAUCAGCUGUUGCCGGCGCUGGAGGAGGCGGCGAGGGAGCAGGCGCAGGAUACCUAUGGCGGGAGCUACUACUCAAACGGCGUCGGGAAUUCGUCACUGAAAAUCACCACGCAGCCCGACCGCCCGGGACUGGGCAUCGAAGACUGGGUGUCUAACGGGACGGACAUGCAAUACAUGGCGACCGUGCUGGCAGCGGGGUACGCGCCUGUUAAUCCGUCAAUCCGUUUGUACCCGACGGGCUUGGAGACGGUGAUUCCGGGCGAGAUGGAUCGCAAGAAUGGACGCGCAGCAACACAGGGGAAGAGGGUGGCGUAUAAGGCCGUCUUUGAGGAUUUAAAUGUACCAAGCAGGACGCCGCCGAGUAUGUUCUCGACGGACUGUGGGAGCUGGGUCAGCUUGACCGGGGUAACGUAUGGGAGUAUGCCGCUGGAUCAGUUCUUUUUCGAGGUGGAUGGGAGUGGGAAGGUGGUGAGUAUUGAGAAUGCGGCGUUGAGAAUGGUGAUGAGGAAGGGGUGA